AUGGAAAUUACUGAAACAGUGAAGUAUGGAAUCAUAGGAGUAGGAAUGAUGGGGAGAGAACAUCUAAUUAAUCUCCACCAUCUUAGAAUCCAAGGUGUGGCCGUUGUUUGCAUAGCUGACCCUCACGUCCACUCUCAAGAACUUGCCCUGGAACUGGCUCAAUCCUUUGAUUGGCCACUUAAGGUUUUCUCAGGGCACCAGGAGCUACUGGACAGUGGGCUAUGUGAUGUGGUGGUUGUGUCAAGCCCCAAUAUGACGCAUUAUCAGAUCCUGAUGGAUAUUUUGAACCAUCCUAAAGCUCAUCAUGUGUUAGUUGAGAAGCCAUUGUGUACUACAGUUGCUGACUGCAGAAAGGUUGUAAAUGCUGCUAGAAAGAGGCCAGAUAUGCUGGUACAAGUUGGAUUGGAGUAUAGAUAUAUGCCCCCAGUUGCUAAGUUGAUUGAGAUAGUCAAGGGUGGAACUCUUGGACAUGUCAAGAUGGUGGCAAUUCGGGAACAUCGGUUCCCUUUUCUGGUUAAGGUUAACAAUUGGAACCGGUUCAAUGCUAACACGGGGGGAACACUGGUGGAGAAGUGCUGCCACUUCUUUGAUUUGAUGAGGUUGUUUGCUGGUGCAAACCCUGUUCGUGUGAUGGCUUCUGGUGCCAUGGAUGUUAAUCACAAAGAUGAAAUAUAUGAUGGAAAGGUACCUGACAUCAUUGACAAUGCAUAUGUUAUUGUUGAAUUUGACAAUGGUGCUCGAGGGAUGCUCGACCUCUGCAUGUUUGCUGAAGGGAGUAAAAAUGAGCAAGAGAUAUCUGUUGUUGGUCACUCUGGAAAGGGUGAAGCCUUUGUUCCUGAAAAUAUUGUGCUUUAUGGCUCUAGAGCGGAUGGUAGAGACGGGGUCCAGACCCUGAAAGCUGAGGAUGAACGAAUAAAGUACGAAGGACUGCAUCACGGUUCUAGCUAUCUGGAACACCUUAACUUUUUGUCUGCAAUUAGAGAAAAAGGUACAAAGACUCCAGCUGUGGAUUUGCAAGAUGGGUUAAUUUCAGUUGCUGUGGGGGUUGCAGCACAAGUUUCCAUCGAGAAGGGCCGGUUUGUUACCAUUGAGGAAGUCUUGGGUGAACGUAACUGUGUACCUUCUACAUAAAUCUUUCAUUUAGGUCCGGAAGUCACUGUUCAGAAGCCAAAAUCACCAUUCUUGUUAUUUACUUUCAACUCUGGUCUCUGUAAUAUUACAUUUACAAACAAUAAAAAUGCUUUCUGGUUUAAUAGGUUA